AUGUCGGCUGCUCGUGCCGGCAUGCGGAGGCACCACAGCGUGCGUUUUAACUUAAAAAAUGUAAAUGGAAAGCUUCUGGAGAUGUCCAGAUUGGACUUCUCCAGGAAGCUUAUCCAAAAAGCUUUAAAUUUUAAACCGGAUGAAUUGAACUGUAUCGUGACUCUGCCCCUGAACAAAGCUUGCGCUGUGCCCGGGAGAAAGAUCACAGACAGCCUGAUACUGAUCAGAGACGCCAUCUGUUACGCGAGAGACAGAAAUACUCGGCUGGCAGUCCUAAAUCUAGAUUUCGAAAAAGCAUUCGACCGAAUCUCGCACCAGUUCCUUUUCAAGGUUCUGGAAAAAAUGGGGUUUCCAGGGAAAUUUAUAGCCUGGGUGGGACUACUAUACAGAGACCUGAAUAGUAAAAUCAUUGUUAAUGGGUAUUUAUCAAAAGCUGUCAAUAUCCACAGCGGCGUCCGUCAAGGGUGUCCGUUAUCUCCACUCCUGUAUGUGGCUUGCAUAGAGCCACUGGCACAGAUCUUGAGAAGGGACAAAUGGAUUUCGGGUUUUAAAGUGCCGGGGACGGGUGGGCUAGUAGCAACAUGUCUUUUAUAUAUGGAUGAUGUCACACUUUUAACCACAGACUUGUCAACAGCCCGAAGAGCCAUGGAUUUGACCGACUGGUUCGGUCGGGCCUCGGGUGCAAAGUUGAAUAGAAACAAGUCCGAGGCCCAGCUCUUCGGGCCGUGGGACAUCAUCCAAACCGAGGGGGUUGACAUGGUUUUUAGAGGGGAUGACCAUUUUAAAGUUUUAGGAGUAAAAUUUGAUAAAGAGGGAGGAGGUCGGGAAAACUGGAAAGAUAUUUUAAGGAAAGUUAGACAGCGAUUGGGUUUCUGGGUUUUAAGACAGCUAACUAUAGAGGGGAAAAUUUUAAUUUUUAAAGCAGUAAUUUUACCCCUAAUGCUUCUCGUUUGUUCUGUUUUUAGCCCACCAAGGCAUUUCCUGCUGGAGUUGGAGAGGGCGGUGUUUUAUUUUAUAUGGGGGUCCAAGUGGGAAAGAUUGAGAAGGGAGGUCGUCAAGAAAAAAGCAGAUAAUGGUGGAAAAGGCCUCCCGGACCCCUACCUGUUUUUAGCCAGUCGAUUCACCGCCCUCCAUUUUAAAUAUGCAAUGACCCCAUCCAAAGAGAACAAAAAAGCUGCUAUGACCAGAUUUUGGAUGGGGUCUUACUUACGUUCUUUGAAAGUUUUAAAGUUAGAAUUAACAACUCCAGUAGCUUUUAACCUUCCCAAACAGUAUGAUUUUAUAAAGAAAUUUUUAAAGAAAUAUGACUUAGAAAAAGAAGAUAGUGUAAUGUUUUGUAACCACAAGUCUCUUAUCUCUCUUGUGCAGGAUCGAGAGGAAGUGAGUCGGGUCCCGGGCCUCACAUUAGGAGAGGCCCAACAAGUUUGGAGGAACGUGGCCCACCCAGCUCUCCAGAACAGACACAAGGACCUGGCAUGGAUGGUCGCACAUGAGAUCCUCCCGGUCAGGGCGGUCAUGCACUCCCGGGGCAUGGCCAGCAACCCCACCUGCCCACGGCCCGGGUGCCCAUGCCCAGAGACAGUACGCCACCUUCUAUGGGAGUGCGACGCUGCACGGGACCUGUGGACAGCAACCGGCCCCCUGUACCAACCUUGCCUGCCGGCGGGGGUGGUCCAGAUGGACUACCAUCUCGCCAUCCUUGGGGUGGGCCGGGGCGCGAAGGUUUUGACGACAAAGGAAUUUACCGCGCUCUGGCUCACCCUUAGUGUCAUCAAGGAUGUCAUCUGGACCACCAGAAACCUGCUGGUGGGCAAGCGAGUCCCGAGAGCUGUUGGUGCCUCCACCAUGUCGGCUGCUCGUGCCGGCAUGCGGAGGCACCACAGCUGUGAUUCUGUGAAAGACCAGUUCUCCAUGUUCACUGUGGAAAAACUCUCUGACAACACACUUAAAACUGUGAUUGUCAGAAUGUUUAAUGAAACUGUGACUGGGGAAGACAUUUGUGUAUGGCUGGGAAGAUUUUGCACUGUUCGUGGACAGCCUGUCAAGGUGCUAGAUGAGGAUGGCAUCUGGAAUUGCUCCUGGCGGAUCCCCAUCAAACAAUGGGAAGAUGCCGGGGGCUUCCAGGGCCUGAGACAUCUGCCCUCAAUGAUUGUGCUGGGAGAGAACAGGGGCUACAUACAUUACCAAGGCAUGCCCAAACUCUGCGGUGCAAUCUCUGUGGUGAAUCAAACCAUCUCUAUAGAGACUGCCCAAAAAGCUUUGCAAACAAACUUAAGUCAAAAAAUGGCCGCCCCACCGACCACACUGGUUUUAGAACAAAGAGAAGGGGCGGGGCCUGAGGUUUUGGCGGGAGCUGACGUCGCUCAGCCAACCUCAGAGCCCAACCAACGCCAAGAAGGUGGGGCGGCCCCAGGGGCGGAGUCACAGUCGGCGGAGGUGGGGAGAGAGGAGGUAAAUGAACCAAUAGGAAUGGAAAAGGGAGAGGAAACGACCUCCUCUCUCCUCACUGUCUCAGAGAGAAGAAACAAUGAGUGGUCUGUGGUUCAGAUGGUUCAGAAAUGA